AUGAUGUACAUCGCUGGCGAGACUCAAGACCCUUCGGCCGAAACGAUCGCUGUCGUUGAAGAAAUCAUUCGAGACCAACUUGUCCUCAUGCUCACGAGUGCCAACGAACUUGCAUCCUCACGCGGCGCCCGCUUCAUCUCCAACGCAGACCUGUUCUUCCAGAUCCGACAUGACCCAGUAAGACUUGGGCGACUCAUGAACCUUCUCCGAUGGAAUCGGCUCCGCCUCAAGAGCAAGGCAAAAAGUGACAAGUGCGAUGCGGAACUGGCCGCAGUCAAAGACUUGGCUGAGGUUCUCGACGUCCCUGUCCAAAAGGAUAAAAAGAACCAAAAGCGUCCCAAACUAGCGUUACUGUGGGACGUCGACUCUUACUUCUCUGUAGAGCUGCCGGAGAGCCAAGAGCCGGGGGGUCUUCUCCCUGAAACCAACCAGGCGACUGUCGAGAGGCUGCGUCGCGCAGACCAAAUCACAAGGAGAAUGACGGCAAAAGAGUACACGACAUGGGCCGAAUCCCGUCGCCGAGCAUCUUUCAGUUAUCGCAAGAAACAGAAAUUCCGAGAGUUCUGUGGUCUUGGUGUCAUUGCUGAGUCCGAGCCCAAACAUGAUUGUCUGGAUAUUCUCAGCUUCUUGGCCUGCGAGAUGGUACAGCGAUUGACUGAGAUAGCACUGGCCAUUCAAGACAAUGAAGUCCAGCGGAAGGGGAGAUCCAAGGGGUCGGUGAACAAGGUUCGCGAGGGUCUCUUUACGACAGACAAGACUGAGAGGGAACCUGUUGGUGUUGAGCAUGUGAGACAGGCUUUUCAAGUGACGCAGAUGAGGGCCCAGAAGAAGAGGCCAAGGCUGCACAGCGGCCCGGGGACGGCCAAGCUCCACUUGAUUUAG